AUGCGCAUGAUUUGUCGCCAUGUGACGCCUCCAGCUAUAACAUUGUCUACAAUUUUCGUACCGGCACGGCUUUGGCAAUGGCUGAGAGGCGUUCGUCUUGUCGUGCUUCUGGCCUGUCUGGCUUCCAUAGCCACGGUCCACGCACAGACACCUGGCCAGAUCAGAGCCCUCAGAAAGGAGGCUGAGGAUCUUUUCUAUCAUGGCUUCGAGAAUUACAUGUCCUAUGCUUUUCCCGAGGACGAAUUGCGACCCAUCUCCUGCAAACCCUUGACCCGCGACCGCGACAACCCCGCGCACAUCGAAGUCAAUGACCCUCUGGGAAACUACUCCCUGACCCUUAUCGACAGUCUGUCCACCCUCGCGAUACUGGCCUCCAGCCCGUCAAGUUCCAAGCAAAAUAAACCCCUGCGGCUUUUCCAGGACAGCGUCAGGGAUUUGGUCGAGCAGUAUGGCGAUGGCUCCGAGGGCCCGUCGGGUCAAGGUUUAAGAGCGAGAGGAUUCGAUCUGGAUAGUAAGGUGCAGGUGUUUGAGACAGCGAUACGAGGUCUUGGUGGGCUCUUGAGCGCUCAUCUAUUCGCGGUUGGCGAGCUACCGAUCCGCGGCUAUGCCCCUCCUCAAAAGCAGGUAGCGUAUGCUGAAGCCUGGCAAAAGGACCAGUUUGGCGGCAAGAAGCAAGGAAUUGUCUGGCCCAAUGCUUUUGAAUAUGACGGCCAACUUCUCCGGCUGGCAUAUGACCUUGGGAACCGCCUGAUCCCUGCCUUCUGGUCGUCCACCGGUAUACCAUAUCCUCGUGUCAACCUUCGACAUGGGAUCCCGUUUUACGUCAAUUCUCCUUUCAAUACUGGUGCCGAAGACGGCCGAUGUGAAGCUCGACCAGGGGCUGCCGAAAUCACAGAGACGUGCAGUGCCGGUGCUGGAAGUCUGGUGCUUGAGUUCACAGUCUUGAGCCGGCUAACUGGAGAUCCUCGCUUUGAGGAUCUCGCAAAAAGAGCAUUCUGGGCGAUCUGGCAAAGGCGCAGUGCUAUCGACCUGAUUGGCGGCGGGAUUGACGCAGAGAGCGGAAACUGGAUCGGCACUUGGACGGGCAUCGGUGCUGGAAUCGACAGCUUCUUUGAAUACGCUCUGAAGUCGCACAUCCUCCUGUCACGCGACGCUCAUCCGGUCUAUAACAGCACUGCCUCACAAGAUCCAAGGAUUCUUCAUCAAUCUUUACCUGCGGAAGAUUCGACGUCCGAGGCCUUUCUCGAUGCUUGGAAUGCUGCUCAUGCGGCAAUCAAGCGGCACCUUUAUCGUGGACCAACAUAUCAGCACCCUCAUUACAUCCAAGCUGAUUUCUCCACUGGCGCAGCAAGAGGAUUCUGGAUGGAUGCAUUGAGCGCGUACUACCCUGGCCUUCUCACGCUUGCGGGACAUGUUGACGAAGCCGUGGAAACUCACCUUCUACAGACAGCUCUCUGGACAAGGUUCUCUGCUCUGCCGGAGCGGUGGAAUCUCAUGACAGGUGGCAUUGAAGGUGGGCUUGGUUGGUGGAUAGGCCGACCAGAGUUCAUCGAGUCCACGUAUUAUCUCUACCGCGCGACGGAAGAUCCCUGGUACUUUCACGUUGGGGAGAUGGUCCUGCGGGAUAUCAAACGACGAUGUUGGACGAGGUGUGGCUGGGCGAGCAUCCAGAAUGUGUUGACCGGAGAGCAGACGGAUAGGAUGGAGAGCUUCUUCCUCGGAGAGACGGCAAAAUACCUCUUUCUUCUCUUCGAUCCAACACACCCUCUCAACCGCCUGGAUGAACCCUUCGUCUUCACCACUGAAGGCCAUCCAUUGGUCAUUCCGCGAAGUGUUGCCAAAGGCUCCCAUCCUGAGGCUGUCUUGCAUCCAGUACACGGCGAAGAGUUAUUCUGUCCCGUCAAACCUUCACCCCUGCCGCUGACCAUUUCCAGUAUUGCUUCACGGGGCGAUGUCUUUCAUGCAGCUAAUCUGGCUCGACUUCAUCUCAUGCCUCAUAGGGACAAUGUUGAAUCUGCUCUUGGUGAAUACGCGGCAGAUCACCCGAGCAUUACCCUUUUGGAUAUCAGCUCUCCUUCCAAUUAUACAUAUUAUCCGUGGACGCUACCCCCGGAACUGGUCCCUUGGAAUGCAUCAAGCUCGCUCAUCCCGACUCCACCGACACUCGACAUUUCCUUCCCGGCAAUGUCUGCCCCUGGUCAACCUGUUCCUCCCCUCCAGCGCGUAAAAGACGGGAUCUUGAUCAACGCGAUCAGCGGGCUGCGGCUCGGAAUGAUUCGCGAUUACCCUUUGCUUUUCGAGGACGGGUUCCACGACGCAUUCCGCAUCCAAACAAUCAACAACAUUCCCCUUGGUAAAGAUGAGAAGGUGUACCUAGCGCGCGACACGGGCAGAGAUGUCCUUAGCCCAGCAGAUCCCAAUUUCACGCGUAUUCGCGACGCUGUCAUGUUGGACCUGGUAGUCGAUCUGGAUGGGUCGAUUGAAGACUCGAACAAUGGAAAAGCCGACGAAGCAGCGGCGACCACAGCAGGCCAAGAGUCUGGAAACGGCGGAGAAGCACCGUUGCUCAUUGAUCUUCCACAAUUCGAAGAUGUCGCAAACGAUGGUGCCAUGCGGGCGGCGUGGAACGCCAUUGUCUCUCAGAUCUCAAGCCUCAUCAGAGAAGGGCGUGCUCCAUCUCCCUGGCCGUUCUCAACGCCUCUUUCACUCGUUACACCAGUAGCGACGAAGCUUGCCUCUCUCUCAUCGUCGUCUUCGGCAGAAGGAAGACCAGGCAAUUUGCUACGGUAUCACCUCUCGGCUGUGACACCAACAGGCCCUGGCACCGCACCACUGCCAGACUGGUCCGAGGUCCCCACCCUAACAUCAUCUGGGGCCACCGUGCCUGCAUUGUCGUGGACCAAGAUCUAUGUGACGGACGAACUUUGCGACCACAGGCUACCUGUCAACAUAGUGAGGCAGCACCAAGUGCUCGUGAUUAAGAGGGGAGGAUGCGACUUUAGUGCGAAGCUGGAGAAUAUCCCUACCUACAAACCGAGCGCGCAGGCACUGCAGCUGGUGAUUGUCGUGUCGCAUGCAGACCACGACGAACACGACGGCGGAGAAGGAGAUGAUCACCACAGCGCUCAGAGUAUCUUGGACGACGAAUCCAACCUGAUUCGUCCGUACCUGCACCGCCGCCAGACGACCCCGGCGGGCUUACUACGACGGAACCCGAUCCCAAUGGUCCUCGUGGGCGGUGGCCAGAGGGUCUAUGACGCCUUUAAAACCGGUGCCGUCGCCGUGGGCGUCAAGCGACGGUAUCACGUCGAGACCAAGGGGGUGAGAAUCGCCAAUUUGGAGAUUAUCUAG